UCUUUCAUGCUUGGCAACCAUCAUUCUGCAUUGCAACAUCCUCUUGUCAUCGAAGCAUACAUCCAGGAAGAGCUGGACAUCGACCGAUUCUCUAGCCCCUUUUUGCAAUCUGAGGUCGAGGACCAACUUGGGUCCCAUUUUCGUUCAUCACUGCUCACCAUUGUCGAGAAGGCCAGAUCCCCAGGGAAGUUUCACGUCAUGUGUAACCUAUCCUAUAAGGAUGAGACAGUGUAUUGA